AUUGAGAAAAAAAGAUGCAAUACCGUCUGAAAUUUUGGAUCAGGUAUCCCCAGGAGUGUGGGCAUCUGGAACACCAUGUAAGACUAGAAAUGCUAAGCCAAUAGAAAUUAGAUUAAAGCCAGGGACAAUUCCAGUGAGAAUUAAACAAUAUCCUCUACGCUUGGAGGAUCGAAAAGCUGUAAAGGAAAUUAUUGACAAAUUCUUACAAUUCAGACUACUAAUUGAGUGUGAAUCAGAGUAUAAUACCCCAAUUUUACCGGUGAAGAAACCAGAUGGGAAGAAUUAUCGUCUAGUACAGGAUUUAAGAGCAAUAAAUAAGAUUGUAGAUGAUUUGCACCCAGUGGUUGCAAACCCCUAUACAUUAUUAACUCCAUUGAAAAAUGAUCAAAUUUGGUUUAUCGUACUGAACCUAAAGGAUGCUUUCUUCUGUCUGCCCUUGGCAGCAGAAAGUCAGAAGCUGUUUGCUUUUGCAUGGGAAAAUCCUGAAACAGGCAGAAAAACACAGUUAACUUCGACAGUGUUACUGCAAGGAUUUAAGAAUAGCCCCACUAUCUUUGGGAACCAGUUGGCCCGAGAACUCGAAACAUGCACUCCUCCAUCUCAGACAGGGACUUUAUUACAACGUGUGGAUGAUUUACUAGUAGCUACAACUGUUAAGGAGGACUGUGCCCAAUGGACAGUGAGCUUGUUAAAUUUUCUGGGAUUGAGUGGGUACAAAGUUUCCCAGCAAAAGGCCCAAGUCAUUCAGCAACAAGUCACUUACCUCGGAUUUGAGAUCUCAGGAGGACAAAGAGAACUCAGUAAAGGUCGAAAAGAAGCUAUUUGCUGCACGCCAUUGCCAGGAACUGCAAAAGAACUUAGGACCUUUGUAGGUGUGACAGGAUGGUUUCUGAAAUACCAAGCAAUACUAGUGGAACAAGAUGAUAUAACUAUAGUCACCACUAACAUUUUGAACCCAGCUUCUUUCCUUAGCGGGGAAAUCUCGGAGCCGGUGGUUCACGGCUGUUUAAAAACGAUGGAAGCAGUAUAUUCCAGCCACCCCGAUCUAAAAGAGGAGCCGCUCCAUGAUGCCGAGGACUCCUGAUAUAGAGACAGAAGCAGCUUUGUGAAACACGGAGAACGCCAAGCAGGGUAUGCUGUGACCACUACCCAAAAGGUAAUAGGAGCAAAAUCAUUACCUGCGGGGACAUCAGCACAAAAGGCUGAAAUCAUUGCCCUAACCUGAGCGUUAGAGCUGGCAAGAGGGAAGAAGAUUAAUAUCCAGACAGAUUCAAAGUAUGCCUUUGGGGUUGUACAUGCCCAUGGUGCUAUCUGGAAGGAAAGAGGACUUCUCACUGCUCCAGGAAAAUAUAUUAAACAUGCAAAAGAAAUUCUAAAGUUACUAGAAGCCGUAAAUCUUCCAGAAAAAGUAGCUAUUAUGCAUUGUAAAGGGCACCAAAAAGGUAACACCGACCAAGAGAUUGGCAAUAAAUUGGCAGACUCAGAGGCUAGAAAGGCAGCAGAAAAAGGUAAA